AUGUCCUGCUCCUUUUUUCUUGAAACCGUGGGUUUCAUGGCCUACUACAUCCUCAAACCGCUUCUUAUUUUGCGCGCCAUUCUCUCGACAUCCUGGAAAGUCAUCUGCAUGGUCCAGGGCCUGGCCGCAGUAAACGCUCAAUACACUGCUGAACAAGCCGCCUUGAUUCUGCCCAUCAGCCACAAACCCGAGCGCCCCUCCUCGGUCAUAAGCCAGACCUCCGAGCGUCCCCUCUCGACCAUAAGUCAGCACACCCUACGUCCGCUCUCGGGCAUAAGUCAGAACAACCUACGUCCCCUCUCGAGCAUAAGUCAGUCCUCCCUACGACCUCUCUCGGCACGCUAUCCGUCCGGCCACUCGAUAGACCUCAUGCUCCAACAACAACUGGCCGAGCUCGAAACCGAAAAGGCUCAGCAGCGCUGGAGCCGCCUGCCGUCUUACAGCCUUCACGACGUAUACGCCGGGAUGCCGCCGACGCCGCCGCUGUCGCCGGGCGACUUCAACUUUUCCAGGAAGCCGUUGUACGGCGAGGCACAACCCGAAGGCGAGAUUAGGAUUAUGGUGUACCCGGUGGAGAAGCAGGGUGCGCAUGAGAAUGUCUCUCGAUUGAGCACGGUAGAAACAAUGAGAUAUCUUCCGGUCGCAGCGUCUUAA